AGCCUGCCUUGCAGUCAAAGUUGGAUCAAUGGAUGACGAUGAUGAUGACGUUCCGCCACUGGAGGCAACUCGCAGCAGGUGUGAUACAAAGGUGAGAGAGAGGGAGGAAACAGCAAGAGUCGCAGAAAAGCAGGUUCUAGAAAGACCGAAGGAUGAGGGCGAGAGACAGACAAACUGUGAUAGCAUAGAAGAAAAGAAUGAAGUGGCAGAAGCUAUGAUGCAGCGCGCUUUGGCAGCGCGGGAGCAGAAGAAAAGGGACACAGAAGAAUCCAGAAAAAAAAGCUGACGGAUUCGGAGGAGGCCUAAAGAAGGGCUUUUUGUCUUCCAAGCCCAAGGCCUCAAAGAGCACGAAAGAAAAAGUUAGUAAAGAAGAUCCGGUAAAAGAGGUUCCUUUCAUCACUGGUGCUGGCUCCAAAGAGGAGGCCAAGCGAAUGAGCUUGCAGAUGCCAGAGGUUCAGCAAGCAAUGCAAGGAAUGGAAAAGCUUAAAGAGGAUCAGUCUUGGGUGACACCUCAGCUGAUGGCAGCUUUGCAGUCGCGCCCAGAUCUGUUGAAGUCACUCUCGGAUCCCAAGAUUCAGGAGGCCAUGAAGCUAAUGCAAACUGCUCCAGGCGAAGCACAGCGCAGGUAUCAAGACAAUGCUGAAGUCACACAGUUUCUCAAGGACUUCAGUGCUUUGAUGGCCACACACUUUGAUGUAUUGAGCAAGGAGGCACCUGGUGCAAAGCCACAAGCAGGGUAUGCCAAGAUGCCAGCACCGCCAGCACCGCCAAAGCAGCCGGUUGCACAGAGCCGUGCUCAGCCUGCUGUUCAGGCAUUGCCAACCGAUGAUCCGAAGGUGGCUGCUGCCUUUCAGGAUCCUGAGGUCCAAGAAUUGCUGGCUGAAUUGUAUGCUGGCAAACCUUUGGAGAUGCACGAGCUUUGUCAGCAACGUCCAAACCUUUUCCACAAGGUCAAGAUUUUGCUUGACUCUGGCUUGUUGGCGCUUCAGCGGUAGUUUGAGGUGGAAGACUCGAUGUCAUUGCAUGUUUUGUAUUUUUGUGCAUGCAAAAGCAAAAGAUGCUUGCAUGUGCACAGAAUUGCAUCAGCAUAAAUGCAGGGGAGUCUCACUCUCAGCUGCAUUUGCAGUUUGUGUACAGCCACAAAGAUCCGAGGAAGGUAUCGAAAAA